CUCGGGACUGAGCCCAGAGUCUCGCUGCCCGCGCCAUGGCAGAGGUGGAAGAAACCCUAAAGAGGAUCCAGAGCCAUAAAGGGGUUAUUGGAACAAUGGUUGUAAACGCAGAAGGCAUUCCGAUCCGAACAACCUUGGACAACUCAACAACAGUUCAAUAUGCAGGUCUUCUUCACCAGCUGACUAUGAAAACCAAGAGCACAGUCCGUGAUAUCGACCCACAGAACGACCUGACUUUUCUUAGGAUCAGAUCAAAGAAACAUGAAAUCAUGGUAGCACCAGAUAAGGAAUAUCUCCUGAUUGUCAUUCAGAAUCCUUGUGAAUAGACCCACUGCAGCCAGUUGCGUCUUGGGAUGCUGGAUUGAAAACACCCAACUCUAACGAUUACUAAGAUUGUAUUACAAUCUACGUGAUCUUUUUGGACAUACUGUCAUAUUAAAACUAUCCUAUAUGUCUUCAUUUUGUCCCUUUGAAUGUAUUAAAAGUUGUGAUUUAGCUGUU